AUGGCGAGGCUGGCUCGAUGGCUUAGUCCUCCUUUCUCUGUGGUCAUUGCCCUAGUUUUGAUGUUCAUCGUGCAGGCGUCUUCUGUGGAAGAGCAUGAGUGGCACUUUGAUGCAGCCGCUCAAUGCCGCUAUGCCCUGGGGAUGGAGGAUGGCAGCAUCCUAGACUCUGACAUCACCGCCUCCAGCGCCUGGUCAGACUCCACUGAGGCCAAACACGCGAGGUUGAGCACCGGAGAAGGAGACGGAGCUUGGUGCCCCAAAGGCCCCGUCUUCCCUGGCGGAUCAGAAUACCUUCAGGUGGACCUGCGCAAACUUCACUUCCUAGCCCUGGUGGGCACCCAAGGUCGCCACGCCGACGGGCACGGCCAGGAAUUCGUCCGUAGUUAUCGCCUCCGCUACUCCCGAGACGGCGUGAAAUGGAUCACUUGGAAGGACCGCUGGGGUCAGGAAGUUGUGUCUGGGAACGACAACACCUACGAUAUUGUUCUAAAGGACCUGGGACCCCCAAUCGUAGCCCGCAUGGUUCGCUUCUACCCUUUGGCCGACAGGGUUAUGAGCGUCUGCCUUCGAGUUGAACUCUACGGCUGUAUAUGGAAAGAUGGCUUAUCGGCUUAUGUGGCUCCAGUGGGUCACGUCAUGAAUCUGUCAGGCCUGCCCGUCUACCUCAACGACUCCACCUAUGACGGCACCACAGAGCAAGGCAUGCAGUUCAGUGGCUUGGGUCAGCUGUGUGAUGGCGUCCUUGGAGGAGACGACUUCAUGGAGAGCCAGGAACUUCGGGUGUGGCCCGGCUACGACUACUUGGGCUGGAAUAGAGACGUUCUCGGCAAACCCAGUGUGGAAAUAGAGUUCCACUUUGAGAAGCCUCGCAUCCUUCAUGUCAUGCAGGUGCACAGCAACAACCGUCACACUCAGGGUGUGAGGGUGUUCAACAAGGUGGAGUGCGUGUUCAAGCCGGGCCUCAUGCGGCCAUGGUCGUCCCCGCCACUCGCCCUACCCGUGCCUUUGGACGACCUGAAGGACCCUUCCGCACGGACCCUCUCGCUGUCCUUGAAUGGCCACGAGGCUCACUUGCUGCGCUGCAACUUUUACUUCACCGACAGAUGGCUGCUCCUCAGCGAGAUAUCCUUCAUCUCUGAUGCUUUAAAAAAGGACGUUACACAGGAAAUUGGUCCCAAGACCCCCACCACUAGCUUCCCUCCUUCCCUCAAUCACACCUCUCCGUCCCUGAGCCGUGGCACUGGCAACACCACCGCCAUCGCUUCUGGUUCCGGCUUCACCGCUGUCUCACCGAGGGCGGGGCUUCCGGUUGCUAAGGACGACAGCAGCAAUACAGCCAUUCUGAUUGGCUGCCUGGUGGGCAUCAUUUUAUUGCUGCUGGCGGUUAUUGCCGUCAUUCUGUGGAGACAGUAUUGGAAGAAACUACUGGGAAAGGCUCAAGGUGGCCUGUCAGGCGACGAACUGCGUGUUCACCUGUCUGUUCCGUCGGACAACGUUGUCAUCAACAACACGCACAGCUACUCCAGCCGCUACCAGCGCAUACACACCUUCCCCGAUGACCCCGAGCGGGAGGGCGAAAGCGAAUACCAGGAACCCAGCGCCCUGCUGCACCCGAGGGACCAUCGAGACAGCACGGCCUUGCUGUUAAACAACCCGGCCUAUCACCUGCUCCUGUCAGAUCACAGGAAAGGCUCCAGGCCCAGCACCUGUCAGGCUCAGGAAAAGAGUCUCAAUGUGCCCUAUGCGUGCAGCGCUGAGCCGUCCCCGGAGAAGGGCUUCCCCCCGAUGCAAGACGAGCCUCCGCCCUAUCCGGGCUCGCCACCGUACCCGGCCCUGUCACCGCCCGUGUCUCCGCCGCUGCCCCCCAGCGUGCCGCACUACGCUGAAGCCGACAUCGUCAGUCUGCAGGGCGUCAGCGGAAACAACACGUACGCCGUGCCCGCCCUGGCCUCUUCCAGCCCGGGCGCCGAUGCCGGACCCAUGCCCGAACUUCCGCGACAGUGUCUCAUCUUCAAGGAGAAGCUCGGGGAGGGACAGUUUGGAGAGGUGCACCUGUGUGAAAUCGAGAACCCGCAGGACCUUCCAAACUUGGAGUUCCCCUUCAACGUAAGGAAAGGUCGCCCUCUACUGGUGGCUGUCAAGAUCCUGCGACCUGACGCCUCCAAAAAUGCCAGGAACGACUUCCUUAAGGAAGUAAAGAUCCUGUCCCGCCUGAAAGACCCCAACAUCAUCCGUCUACUGGGUGUGUGCGUGAGCAGCGACCCCCUCUGCAUGGUCACAGAGUACAUGGAGUGCGGGGACCUCAACCAGUAUUUGUCCCACCGGGUACUACUGGACAAAAGCGGGCCUUCGCACACCACGCCUACCAUCAGCUACCCGGCUCUCAUCUCCAUGGCUGGCCAGAUCGCGUCAGGAAUGAAGUUCCUGUCCUUGCUCAACUUUGUGCACCGCGACUUGGCCACGCGCAACUGCCUGGUGGGUGGCGAAAGAGGCGACGGUGCCGAUGACCCCGGUGGGGAGCGACACAUCAAGAUCGCAGACUUUGGCAUGAGCCGCAAUCUGUAUGCUGGAGACUACUACAGGAUCCAAGGCCGGGCUGUGCUGCCCAUACGAUGGAUGGCCUGGGAGUGCAUCCUCAUGGGCAAGUUCACUACGGCGAGCGACGUGUGGGCGUUCGGCGUGACGCUGUGGGAGAUGCUGAGCGUGUGCCAGGAGCAGCCGUACUCCAACCUGACGGACGAGCAAGUCAUCGACAACGCCGGAGAGUUCUUCAGAGACCACGGACGACAGGUGUAUUUGGGCAAGCCCGCCGUGUGCCCUCAGGGUCUCUACGAGCUCAUGUUAAGCUGCUGGAACCGCGACUGCAAACUGCGACCGUCUUUCGGCCACAUUCACGCCUUCCUCACCGAGGACGCCAUGAACAUGGUGUGA